UGCACACAUUCUGCAAGUCGAAUGUGUGGUGAAUGUGGCGAAUGUGAUGAAGGGGUAUUUCUCUCCAGUGCGCAGCGCGUUCRCUCGCUUUCGUUUCCCGUGAGAUACCAAUACACGCCGAGAGCGCACCGCAAGAUCAUUUUUUUUGUCUACUAAAACAGAUGCUCUCGCUACUUACUGGCAGUCGCGGUUUUCACAGCAGCCCAGGCGAGCACAGUAGCUGCUGGAAGACUAGACCGUGUCUGUAGCUACCCUGCCGCAUUCACAAGCUCCCUGGCCGGGGAAAGUGACAGCAUGGUGGUGGCCAAGGAUUACCAGUAUUACCUCGUUGUGAAGAGGGCGAACUGCUCUCCGGAGGUGCAGACAGUCAGCAGCAACAUCCAUCCGGCUAAAGAAGUGGAGGAGCCCAGUAACAAGCGGGUGAAGCCCCUGUCCCGCGUCACCUCGCUGGCCAACCUCAUACCUCCAGUCAAGACUGCUCCUCUGAAGCGCAUAGGACAAACACUGCAGCGUUCCAUCAGCUUCCGCAGUGAGAGUCGGACGGAGACGCUCAUGCCUCCUCGACCAUGGACGCGGCCGGCCCCGCCUGCCAACACCAAGCGGCGAGACAGCAAGCUGUGGAGCGAGACCUUCGACGUGCGGCUCGGACACCAGAUGCUGUCCUCUAAGGAAAUCAAACGCCAGGAGGCCAUCUUUGAGCUUUCUCAGGGCGAGCGGGAUCUCAUUGAGGAUUUGAAGCUGGCCAAGAAGGCGUACCAUGACCCCAUGCUGAAGCUGUCCAUUAUGACAGAGCGUGAACUCACCCAGAUCUUCGGAACCCUGGACUCCCUCAUUCCGUUGCAUGAAGAUCUACUGAGUCGACUGCGAGAGGCCAGGAAACCAGACGGCUCUACAGAAACUGUGGGACACAUUCUAGUGGACUGGUUACCAUGCCUGGACUCCUACAACUCAUACUGCAGUAACCAGGUGGCUGCCAAAGCUCUGCUGGACCAUAAGAAGCAGGACCACCGGGUGCAUGACUUCCUGCAGCGCUGCCUGGAGUCGCCCUUUAGCAGGAAGCUGGACCUGUGGAACUUCCUGGAUAUACCCAGGAGCCGGCUGGUCAAAUACCCUCUGCUGCUCAGGGAGAUCCUCAAACACACACCUAACGACCAUCCGGACCGUCAACACCUGGAUGAGGCAAUCAACAUGAUCCAGAGCAUCGUGGCAGAGAUCAACACUCAGACGGGCGAGUCAGAGUGUCGUUUCUACAAGGAGCGCCUCCUCUACCUGGAAGACAGCCAGAGAGACCUGCUCAUUGACAGCUCCCGCAUCCUCAGCUGUCACGGGGAACUGAAGAACAACAGGGGUGCUAAGCUGCAUGUGUUCCUGUUCCAGGACGUGCUGGUCAUAACCAGGGCCAUCACCCACAGCGAGCAGCUGCACUACCAGCUGUACCGCCAGCCCAUCCCAGUCAGAGAGCUGCAGUGGGAGGACCUGCAGGACGGGGAGAUCCGCCUGGGGGGCUCCAUCAGAGGGGCCUUCAGCAACAAYGAGAGGACCAAAAACUUCUUCAGAGUGUUGUUUCAUAGUGGCGGCCAGCUCCAGUCCCACUCGUUCCAAGCCAGCGAUGCCUUCAACAAACAGCAGUGGCUCAACUGCAUCCGCCAGGCCAAAGGAGCCGCUGAGUCGGCCGUGGGGGUGGUGAUUCCUGUAGGGGUGGGAACCAGUAGCAGUGACCCAGACCCCCGUCCAAGCCUACUCAGCCCCCAGAGACCUCUGAGUCCUACAACACCUCCCCUCUCAGGAGCACUGGCCCCCCAGCCAGAGAGCAUGGACCACAGUGACAGUGACUCGUCUGUAGACUCUCCAGAUUGUAGCAUGGACAUGGACACGACCGAGGCUUCUGACUCCACCACAGGCUGGCCUGGCUCUGCCCAGAUGGACCAAACAGACUCUAGUAGCAGCAGCAGGCCAGCAGAAGUGUGACCACUGGGGUGUCAAGGCUACAGCUGGGCAGUAUUGGUGGUAACAUGGCGAUGUUCUUUAUAUACGGGAGGGAGGCAACACAGUGGGUGGAUAUUGUAGAGCACUUCUUUUCUCUACCCCUUUUUUUCAUUUGUUGUUUUUCUCUUAACUUUCUUUCUAUGAGACAGUGGUGUAGUCUAUAGCAGUGGUAUCCAUGUGUCUUAGCUGUGACUGGCAGGUCUACUAUGGAUGUCUACAUGGAGAUGAAGGCAGCCAUGACUGGGACCUCAGGACAGUAUUGUUGUUGUUGCUCCUGCUCUGUCUCUUGACCUCUGCUGUGGGCGGAGUCCUCCUGCCCUACAGACAGCUUCCUCUCAUCACCUUCUCACCACAACUAGAAACACUGCCAUCACCCCUUAUCCCACUGCACUACUACUGUGGUCUCCCAGAGCGAAGAGAAUACAUGGAUGAUAUUCUUUUUAUAUAUAUAGAAUAUAUUGUAUGUAGGAAUCUAGAGAACCUGUUGUGUUUGCAAUAAUUGACCCAGUCAAAAUGACCAGAAGAAUGUUUUCAAAGACAAUCAAUAUGAUGAUAUGUUGUUGUUGUUAGGACUUGACAUGUGGUUAGAGUUUAUUUUGUUAAGGAUGGGUUACAACAGUGUUAAUGGGGCAGAGUUGUUUGCUACAGAUUCUUCCCACAUCUUGGCCAGAACUAUGAUGUUCCAGAACUAUUGACAUGUUCCAGAACUAGAUGUUCCAGAACUACAUGUUCCAGAACUACGAUGUU